AUGGNUUGGUUGGGCUCCCCUUUAUUUGCCCUUUGUAAUAGUCAUCCUCUCUUGGUGUCCCAAUUGACUUCUAAGGUUUCAGAUUAUAUUUCUGGAGGGGAAUGGUCCAUUCCAUCCCUGUUUCAACUCAAGAUUCCUGGGGUUUGGCAACGGAUCAAGGAGGUGAUAUGGACCACUAGUGAGAUGGAUCAACUGGUUUGGUGCCCUUCCACUGAUGAUUUAAGGACGUUGCCCCAACACUUCCUCGUGCUAGGCACUCUGGCUUCGAGCACUAUGUUUAAUUCUGUAGAGGAGCUUCAGAACCUUAAGCAGCUAGAAUUGCACUCUGAAAUAUCCCUCUUGUUUGCAGCGUUGCCGAUAUCUUCUCUUUUUCCAUUCCUAUAUUUCAUGAUAAGGGAUUUCCAUAUUGCAAAAAGAGAGGAAGAUAUUGGGUAUUAUGCAGGUUAUGUAGGAUCUUCAUUUAUGUUUGGAAGAGCUUUGACUUCGUUUCUUUGGGGAGUGGUGGCUGAUCGAUAUGGUCGAAAGCCAGUCAUAAUGAUUGGCACAAUUGCAGUGGCUAUAUUUAAUACCCUCUUUGGACUUAGUACAAAUUUUUGGAUGGCUGUUUCUACAAGGUUUCUUCUAGGAAGUUUGUGCGGAGUACUUGGCCCAAUGAGGAUAAGGGAUUUCCAUAUUGCAAAAAGAGAGGAAGAUAUUGGGUAUUAUGCAGGUUAUGUAGGAUCUUCAUUUAUGUUUGGAAGAGCUUUGACUUCGUUUCUUUGGGGAGUGGCGGCUGAUCGAUAUGGUCGAAAGCCAGUCAUAAUGAUUGGCACAAUUGCAGUGGCUAUAUUUAAUACCCUCUUUGGACUUAGUACAAAUUUUUGGAUGGCUGUUUCUACAAGGUUUCUUCUAGGAAGUUUGUGCGGAGUACUUGGCCCAAUGAGGAUAAGGGAUUUCCAUAUUGCAAAAAGAGAGGAAGAUAUUGGGUAUUAUGCAGGUUAUGUAGGAUCUUCAUUUAUGUUUGGAAGAGCUUUGACUUCGUUUCUUUGGGGAGUGGCGGCUGAUCGAUAUGGUCGAAAGCCAGUCAUAAUGAUUGGCACAAUUGCAGUGGCUAUAUUUAAUACCCUCUUUGGACUUAGUACAAAUUUUUGGAUGGCUGUUUCUACAAGGUUUCUUCUAGGAAGUUUGUGCGGAGUACUUGGCCCAAUGAGGGUUGAAAACUGGGUCACAGCAGGGAUUGAUGAUCAAAGGUGACUGGGAUAAAUGGGUCCCCAUUGUUGGUUACAAUUUCCAUAUGCUAGGUUGAAAACUGGGUCAUGAGCACCACUGGUUUAUGAUUUUAAUUUUACAUGAAAAUACGACCAAAAGGUCCAUUCAAUUCCCAUCUUUUUAAAUCCAUGCCAUAAGUACAUAACUCAUACAUAGCCCAUUUCAAAACUAGGUAGCAAAUGAAAGCUCAUGAUGUCCUUCCAAAUCUAGUAUACAAUAACCAACAUACAACUACCAAUCUCCUUAAAUCCAGAUUCAUAAUCACUGUCCGAUCCAACAUAUCACUACAUCAUAAAUGUACACACACGCCACAAGUUCCAAAACUAGUUAAAGUAUCAAUACAUGCCCUAGAUAUGUCAAAUAUGUCGCUCAUAUCGUUCCACUAUUGAUACAAUUGCAAAGAAAGACUAGUGGCCUCUGUUAGAGUAUUCAUAAU